AUGCAACUGGCGCUAGUACUGUCAUCCACCGCACUGCAAGACCCAAAACUACAUUCGCGGGGCUGGGGCCAGCACGUGACAGCUGCUGUACGCCGAGCGUAUUGUGUAGAGCAUCCCGUUAAUCGACGCGACGAAGGUCGGUUGCUCAAUCAGCAUCAAAUGCCGUCACCAUGCACAUCACUUCCGUUACUGACCGGCAGAAUAACGCUGUCGGAAGCACUAGAAGAAGAAGAUAAUAUCUUGGGAAAGCUGACGUACCCCGAGAAGCGGUUGAACUUCUGCAGCCACCUCCACGUCCAUGCCAAGGAGAUUGAAACCAUCGUAUCACAUCACCUCCACGUUCCCGGAGAGACUUGCCGGGUCCCGUGGGUCGACGAAUGGAUCCACGGCAGUUUCAACGUCUGCAUACCUGUCUACGUCAAUGGCGAGAAAAGCGUCAUCAUCCGGUUUCCCUUGCCGUACAAGGUUGGUGAAGCUACCAGUCCAGGCAAUGUCGAGGAGAAACUCCGCUGCGAGGUGGCGACGUACGCUUGGGUGCAAUCCCACUGCCCGUCCAUCCCAACGGCCAAGCUUUGGGGCUUCGGCUUCCCUAAUGGCCCAAUUUUUACGUCCCUCGACCGCGCUCCCUUUCUUUCACGGUUGACGUGGUAUAUUCGACGGUCGAUACGAUGGAUGCUCGGCAAGCCUCCCCCUUCUGGCUACGUCAUGCACACGCACAAACUACAGUUCGUGCCCGGAUAUAUGUUGCUCGAUUUUGUGCAUGGACGCAUGCUCUCCGAAACCUGGGAUACACUUCGUGAGGAUGACGAGAGACGAAGGACUCUCUAUCGACACAUAUCCCAGACCAUGCUUUCACUGGCUCGAUUUCACUUUCCCCGCAUCGGUUCACUGACGAUGGACAAUCACGGCGUCGUUGGAUUGAGGCAUCGACCGCUGACACUUCAUCUCCACCAACUCGAAAACGAGGGUGUGCCGACCGACAUUCCCCGAGACUCGACAUACACGACAUCGGAUGGAUACGCUCGUGACCUGCUGGCCUGCCAUGACAAUCGAGUGCGCCAUCAACCAAACACCAUCCUGGACUAUGCCGACGGGCAAUCGCAGCUCUCGGCCUUGACCAUGAUGCGCGCCCUUUUGCCGCACUUCACGAACCGGGCGCGACGACAUGGACCUUUCCCCUUGAUGCUCACCGAUCUUCACCCAAGCAACAUCUUUGUGGAUGAGGAUUGGCGUGUGACGUGCUUCAUAGACCUCGAAUGGGCAUGUUCCCGACCGGCCGAGAUGCUGCAUCCACCGCACUGGUUGACCGGUCGAGCCAUCGAUCAACUUUCGGCUGCGCAUUUGGAUGCCUACAGCGAACGACACGACGAGUUCAUGGCCGUGUUUGAAAAGGAAGAGAGGGCCCGCGGUCAUGGCGACGCAGCUUUGGCUGAAAUAAUGCGAACCGGGUGGAAGACAGGCACCUUCUGGUACUUUAGCGCUCUGGACAGUGUCAACGGGCUGUACAACUUAUUCCUCCAACACAUCCAGCCGAUCUACGGAGAAGCGGCGAUGAAAGAUUGGAAGGACUUUGAACGAGUGGUGGCGCCAUACUGGACUGCCGACUCGUUGGAGUUUAUAGAUCAAAAGGUAAGGGAGCGGGAACUCUAUCUGGAGCAGGUAAAGGAAGCGUUCCGACGGAGCGGAGAGGGGGAAUCGACGUAG